GCAACUGCCCUUGUCUGCUGCUCCUGCGGCCGUUGGUGGAACACUGGUGGAGCAGCACUGGAGCAGCAGCUGCAGCAUCUGCUCCUGGCUGUCCCUCAGCAGCCACCUUCUGCACUCAGCGCCAUAGCUGGCCUCUGCAGCGACAUCCUCAUCUCCUCGUCUGCCGCCAGGCAUCCCCACAGCACUUUGGCACUGUGCAAGGUGGAAAGGAGAGGCACAAUGAAAAGGAAAGUGAGAGCCCACACUGAGCCACACAUCAAUGUUGGCAGUGACUUUCAGGCCGAGCUCCCCGAGCUGCAGACCGGGCCGCCAAGUGAGGCUGAAGAGCCUGCAACCCUGGUCUGGAAGCCCUUGGAGGAAGACGACCCUGACCUGGAUAAACCGGACAGAGUCAGAGAACUGUUGGACAUGGCCAGCUCCCGUGGCCUUCCCGGGGCAGCAGCUCAGCUGGAGCUCGCCCUGCACUGCCUGCACCAGGCUCGCGGCAGCGUUCCGGAGGCUCUGGAGAUGUUGCUCUCGGGGGGGCCUUCAACAGCUCAAGGCCAUCCCUUGGCUGAUUAUCAUUACGCAGGCUCUGAUAGAUGGACACCUGAGGAGAAGGAGGCCUUCCAAAAGGCUUUCCACACCUACGGCAAGGAUUUCCAUCUCAUCCAGAAGCAGAUCCCGAGUAAGACCGUGGCACAGUGUGUGGAAUACUACUACUGCUGGAAAAAAGAGCAGAAACUUGCCAGCAGCACUCUUGCUCAGGGAGUUUGAAACAAUCAAGGAGAGGAACAAGCACAGAAGAAGACAUCGCCCACGCAAGGAUGCACAGCCUCUCCCCAAGAAGAAAAGGCCAAAUUAGCCCUGCAUUUGCCCCAGGCUAGCAAGAGUUAGGCGUCAAGAGGAUAGAUAGAAAUAAGAUUGUUUUUCAAGUUUUUAGGAUUGUUUAUUCUUCUAUUAGUUUACAUGAUAGUAAUCUCUCUGUUUAUUAGCUAAGAUAUAUAAGUAUUAUUCAAGAUGUAUCAGUAGUGUUAGAUUUAGCAAUAAAUGUAACAGGUUUGGUGUUUCUAUGCUUCAACUUUUCACAUUUUGUCUUUGUUGAGACACAAUCUGUUUUUAUCAUUAAACCAAAGUUUGCUCCA